CUCUCGACACUGCGACAAUCACCACGACAGCGCCGGACGACAGCCAUGGCCCCUAAGGUGGAAAACAAGCAAGGCAAGACCAAGCCCAGCGGCAAGGCUGGUGCUGCUGCCAAGGCAGUUCUGAAGGGUGCAGGCGCGCACAAGGCCCGCAAGGUCCGCACCUCGACCACCUUCCACCGCCCCAAGACCCUUCAGCUUUCCCGGUCGCCCAAGUACCCUCGCAAGUCGAUUCCUCACGCCCCUCGUCUCGAUGCCCACAAGGUCGUUCUCUUCCCCCUUAACACGGAGAGCGCGAUGAAGAAGAUCGAGGAGAACAACACCCUUGUGUUCAUCGUGGACGUCAAGGCCAAUAAGCGUCAGAUCAAGCUUGCUCUUAAGCAGUUGUACGACGUCGAUACCGUCAAGGUCAACACUCUUGUCAGACCCGACGGCUCGAAGAAGGCUUACGCCCGUCUGACUCCCGACGUCGACGCUCUGGACAUUGCCGCCACCAAGUUGGCCAUCGUCUAGAGGGGUUUCUCGGGACAGUAUGGAGUUUCUUUUUGUUCUGCGCGGUGGUUCCUCAAUAUCAAAUAUACAAUUACUGCUAGUGCUUCAAUGAGGGCGGAAUGAUCAAAAAAUGAAAAGAAUUACCCGAUUUCA